GUUGACGAUGGACACCUCACGGCUCACCUAUUGGACCACAGGCUCCCCUCAUUCCCGGGUGGCUGGCACAACUCAGACCCAUUUAAGCUCCAGCACCCGGGCCGAGUUCUGCAAUCACAAUCCUCUAGCUGAGCAAGACACAGCAAGCAACAAACAGGCCUACCCAGGCCUUACCCAUCGGGGGAGCCGCCGAUGGUGGAUGCAAAUCCAAUGCCAUGAUAAAAUGGCUGUUUUACAGAGGUUUAUCAGGUGAGACAUCAAUUCUUAUGUGAUUUAGGGUUUUCUCCACCUCAAAAGAGACCCCUGACAUCUCUCCCUCAUAUACAGCAAGCAAGUUAACUGUGUGUGUACAGAGCUAAUGUACAGAGCAAAAUCAUCUUCAGGUGGAAAUGCGUCUGCUCAUUCACAUCUACCCUACUCUGAUUGGUCAGUAGAAUAAAGCUAAUGCUCUUUCCAAGCCACCUGUUAUCAAUGGAAAGGUGACCAUCAUAUCCAAGCUCAAGGAGGUCUGGGAUCAGACAGUGAAGUUAUCUCUUGGGAAAGGCAAACUUGAUGCAAAAGAGAGGUUCAUGGUCAAGGUAAACAAGUUAUUUGAUAUACUGACUUGCAAGUGUCAUAUAACCAUUUGUGAGGAGGAAGGCUGUGUGAACCAAGCCCAAAUUAACUGUUCCUGCUGCAGAGAGAAAAAGAUUCCUGUUAAAGAGCUUGCCUACGUCAAGGGACAGAAAGAGAAGGUUGGAGGCAUAGGUCCCCACCAAAUGGGGGGCCCUGAUCUGCUAAAGCACAAGAGACAGGUGAAGACAUUGGAUAGGCAGGAGAUUGAAAAUAAGGCAAAGAAAAGGAGAAGGAGCAAGGUGGAAAAUUCUGAAGCAGCAGAGAAGGCAGCCAGGAAGGAUAUCAAGAGAUUUUUGGUAGAUGGUGAUGAGAAUCUGGAAUUGGAGAGAAGUGGUGCCGAAGACGAGUUUGUCCCUGAAGUUGAACAUUUCCUUGAAACUGACCCUGAACCUGCAACUUCAAGAAAAGUACAGAAAACCUAUGAUGAGAUUCCAAACAUUGCUCUUGCUUGUGUAAGGUUUGGCAAAGGGCUAAGGCUAACUGCAGCCAUAGGAACUGCAGCCCUAAUUGAUGCAGGAAUCAUCACAGAAGACGACACAAGGAAAGUGAUUAAUAAGAAUAAGGUCAAGAGAGCACAGGAGAAGUUGAGAGAGCUGGGGUAAGAGUUUGAGGAAAAGUGCAGGGAGGAGGGGGGGAUCUCCUGUAUCCUCUUUGAUGGGCUAGACACUGUGGUGCCCACUGUGAAAAGAUCUGCUUGGAAUGCCCACAGUGAAGCCCUCAUCAGAAGGAGAGAAUUGAGGGGAUGGAAAGAAUUCUGGCUAUCAGGGGAGAGGGGGAUCCAGGCACUCAGUCGAGAACCCCACGAUCAGGACCAGAAGGACACCUGACAUCAACUGUGAUGCUUUAAGUAUUGGUGGCUUGAUCAGCUGGCCGGAGGGUGUGUCAGAGCCAUCUCUCACCUGUUCCCUGCACACCUCAGAGGUAAAUGAUGCCCCCACGAAGGUUCCCAACUGGCCUUGCCACACACAAAGCAUUGAGAGUGUUGUGAAAAUGGUGACUGAGGCUUCUGCCAAAUGCUUCUCACAGGAAAAUGGGGAUGGAGGGAUCGGGGCUCAAGAGACUGAGGAGACUGAUGUCCAAGAAUGACUCAAAGCAGGACUUGUGCAACCUGACAACAUUCAAGAAGUCAGGAGAUUGAUCUUUGCAAAUGUAUCCAGAGAUAUAGUGCCCAUGGUGUUCAACUGUUAGUAAAUAUGUAAAUUUGAAUUGCUUUGCCCAUUAAUUUCCAUUUCAUCUUCUUAUAAAGGGGUUUGAAAGAAUAAAAUAAGUUAUUUGAAUACAAAAAUUAUGUAGGUUGGAGGUACCCUAUCAAAAAAAUAAACUCAUAUUUGAAUUCUCCACCAAAAAAUACAUAACUUAGACACGUUAAGAUUUCCUUCAAAUUCAUGUUGGCACCUGAGUAUGGCCCGCCCUACUAACGUAGUUCCUUUAUGAAUCUUAGGCACAUAGAAUACAUAUGUUUAAACUCUAGAAGGCAAGCAUAGACACUUGAGCAAUGGCAGUGAUAAAUCAAAACUAAUGUAAUAAA